CGCCGGAGGCUGGUAGCCUCGCCCGCGCGCCACUGGAGGCGACGCGAUUGGCUCGAAGCCGAACCCGCCGCACCGUUUUGUAUUCCCCCGCGGCGGCGCGACCGACAUCCCCGUCCCGAGCGGAACCCAGCCGCUCACGGUGUCACGGGCGGCACGUCCCCCGCCCGCCGCCGCGCGAUAAAGCAACCCACGGGAGGUGAUCCUGGGCAGGGAAAGGAGGGGAGCCGUGGCGGAGCAGGAGGCCGGGAGCAGGAGGCGGCGGGAGGUGGAAGCGCCGGUCGUGGCAGGGAGCUCCAAGGCGGAGAGUGGGGCGGCGGCGGGGGCGUCGUGCAGGAGGGGGACGUGGUGGAGGCCGUCCGCGUUGGGCGCGGCUCCGUGGGGCUGCACAAGGCGCCGCAUGCAGCGUUCAAUCGCGGCGACACCUCCGUGGAGGUGCGCGUGCGGGGCGGCCGGGAGCUGAAGGCCUGCAUCGUGCCGCACCAUGGCAACCCCGGCGGCGGCGGAGGGGGGCAGGAAGCAGUACGUGCUGCGGUCGCUGCACGACCCCUACUACGUGUUCGGAUCCGUCGACCGCCUUGAUAGCGAGUACCUCGUCCUGCAAGAAAACUCGAGGUCUACGGUGAGGUCGAGUGUGGAGAGGGAGAGGCCGCAGAGAGGCGAUCAGCGGAUCAGGCGACAAGGACUCAGGCCGUGGCCGGGCCAUCAUUCUCGUCUUUCAUCCCAGGCUUCGUCACAGUACAGGAAGGCGUCUGGCGUUACUCGGCCAGGAUUCCUCGCGUCGAUGGCGUCGGUGCCGACCGCUACCCCGGUCCCGGAGCCCGGACCACGGCGACCGAAGUUAUGGCUCUGGUCCAAGGGCUGCUGGCAAUGGCAAUGCCUGCACACAGCAAGUGAUCCAUUCCUUUUGGGGAAGCAAGAGGCGGCAAGAAUAUAAUAUAAUUUUGUUUAGGAAUAAAGAAUCGGACUCAGGUUUUGAUGCCUAGUCCAACUUUGGGAAUUAUAUGCUCCUAACUACCUUCGGUCCAGAAAACAUAAGGAUUCAGAUCUAGCAGCAUUUAAUUCUUCCAAAUGCCUGAUGAACAUUGUCUCAUCUUGGGAAAUUCGCAUUAGAGGUACCCAAUCAAGCAGAGUUAUCAAAGGAACAUAGCCAGGAAUUAUUAUGGAGUUUCAGUGUCAAUUGAGAUGCAGGUAUGAGUUAUAUUUGGUUCCUAACUAAAGACUGACAAAAUUCAGCCACAUUUUAUUAAGAACAAAGUUUAAGUGCGGCAACCAGAUUUGAUGCCAUUAGAGCCAAUAUGAGAUUUUCUUUUGAGUGCAAUUCCACUGAUUUACUAUCUUGAUAGUUGAUACCAAAAUGGAGAAUGGUUCUAUGCCAGAUGGUUCUAAUUAUAACGUUAGAUUGCAAGAUGCUUCUAAUAAUGCCGAUGCCAGAUGGUUCUAGUUAUCACCUAGAUUGCAAGGAUGUAAGAUGCUUCUAACAAUGCCGAUGCCAGAUGGUUCUAAGUAUCACCUUAGAUUAAACAUAGGCAUAAAUAGUUGGGACAAAUGGUUUUAGGUGAUGAUAGGUGUUAUAAUCUGGACUCGCAUGGCCAAGGGAACAACUUUAUUCUUCAGUAGUAUGUACUUGUACAACUUAUUUAUUACAGCUGCUA